AUAACACCCACUAAUACAGAGUAUUCUUCUGGCAGCGGCAUGUUUGGCUCUGGUACACAUUAUAUCUCUUACACAGCUACAGAUGGAGCAGGAAACCAGGCUUCGUGUUCCUUCACAAUCACUGUUACAUUUCCAUGUGGAAGUAAUCCAUGCUUUCAUGGAGCCACCUGCCAGCUUCAACAACCAACAUACGUCUGUGUCUGUCCAAAUGGAUUCAGUGGCCUACUUUGUCAGACUGAUGACAAAGCACCCUCAGUAACAGGUUGUCCUGACCCUAUCAAAGUCAACCUGCAACAAGGCAAUAGUGAUGUGGUCGUCACAUGGACUGAGCCAUCAACUUCUGAAACCGUUGGAGUAUCACAAACUAAGACCCACCAACCAGGAUAUGGAUUCACAAUUGGAGUUACCGCAGUGCAAUACACCUUCACUGAUCAGGCCGGCAAUGCAGCGUUCUGUACAUUUAAUGUCACAGUGUCAGCUCUACCCAUGCUAAGCCAGCCCCCCAUGGUAACUGUUAAACCUACAUCAGCUACAGUCACCUGGCAGGCAUGGAAUGUUAUCAUGGAUACAGGAGAUGGACCAAUCAUUGCAUACAUAGUCUAUUUCACACCUAUGGAAGACUCCAAUUGGGUAUCUGCUGGAAACAUUACAGACACAACUCAAGCUACAUACAGCUUCCUGGUUGAAAACUUAGAGCCAGGCACGGAGUACAGCUUCAGUGUAGCUGCAGUGAGAGAUGGUCUAGGAGGGGAAGGACCAAGGAGUCCUUCAACCAGGAUACAUACCCUGAUACCAACUACCCCAAGAUCUACAACACCAGGGCAAACAACCGGUGAAAGUAAUGGAACUAACCAGGAUGUAGUAGUUGUGGUUGUGGUUGUCAUGGUGAUCCUUCUUCUGAUUGUCAUGGUCAUCCUUACCUAUAUCCUAAUCAAAAGACACCGUGGAAGUAAACCUAUGGAUGUUUCAACAAAUGACCUGCAUGGCAAGUUUGAAAGCAGCAAUAACUUGACCAUGAUCAACUCGGUAGAGAACCCAAUGAUAGCAAUGGACACAGUCACCCAAAAUGGAAACAAUACGCCCGAGCCUCAGCAGCGCCCAACCUCAAGUGCCAGCCAGAUGUCAGCUCUAGAAGGCACUCAUCAAUUUUCUGGCCUGCCAUUCAAGCCAUCUGGUGACAUUGGAGAGAGGGAAGCUCGUCCCCUGCCUAUUCCACUGAAGGAUUUCGUAGAGUAUGUUCAUACCUGCAUACGCACUGGCAAGCUCAGAGAUGAAUGGGCGUCUCUUCCUGGAACGGAUGCCAUGUACGCUUGUGAUGUGUCACAGAGACCGAACAACAAGGUCAAGAAUCGCUACAGAAACAUCCCUGCAUAUGAUCAUUGUCGUGUUGUCUUAGAGAAGAUAGAUGAUGACCCCGAUUCUGAUUACAUUAACGCCAGUUAUAUCAAGGGAUACUUGAAGGACAAAGCCUACAUAGCAACUCAAGGCCCUAAUCCAGCUACAGUUCAAGACUUCUGGCGCAUGGUGUGGCAAGAAAAUGUGGCAGUCAUAGUCAUUAGCGCUAAUCUUGUUGAGGAUGGGAAGUCCAAAUGUGUGAAGUACUGGCCAGACAAGGGUGAACCUGAAACCUUUGGAAAUAUGUAUAUUGAGCUGGAGGACGAGCAAAAGAAAGGGGAAUAUGUAGUGAGGACAAUGAGAGUCGCAAACAUGAUUAAACAAGAAGCUCCACGGAAAAUCGUCCAGUAUCACUACAUUCAAUGGCCUGACAAGGAUGUGCCCAAAGAUGUUACACCAGUGCUGAGAUUCAUCAAGGAGUUCAGUGAUGCUUCACCAAAAGACUCUGGACCCUUCUUGGUCCACUGCAGUGCUGGAGUUGGCAGGACAGGUGCAGUUACAGCCAUUCAUGCUUCACUGAAGAGAGCUCUGAGUGAAAAAAGUGUGGAUGUGUACAACUUUGUGUCAGACAUGAGGGAUCAUCGUAACAACACAGUGCAGACACCAGCACAGUAUGUCUUCAUCCACCUCGCACUGCUUGAAGCCUUAUUUGCCACGGACACAAAAAUCCCAGAAUCGGAUUUCAAGAAGAAACUAUCAGGGCUCAAGAAGAAGAACAAGAUGGCUGAUGAGUUCAAUAGACUGGAAAUUAUCACCCCUGUGCCUGCCCCAGAAAGAUGUCGACACAGUUUGGCUGCCCUGAAUGAGAACAAAAACAGGUUUUCUAGCACCAUCUUUACUGAAGCUGUUCGCCCUUAUCUGAUGACACCAAGGGAUGAUGGCAUCGAGUAUAACUACAUCAACGCUUCAUUCAUAGAGGGUUUCAAGGCAAGGGAUGUGUUUGUUGUUACCCAGGCUCCUCUGCCAAACACAGUGAUCGAUUUAUGGAGACUGAUUUACGACUAUGAGCUGACAAGUAUGGUGAUGCUCAACCCGAAUAAUCCCAAAGACGAAGAAUGUCCCCAAUUCUGGCCGAGUUCUGGCAGCAAGGACUAUGGCCCAUUCACCGUCACAAAUGUCCUUUCAUCAAGACACACUGGGUACAUUGUCAGUUAUCUUCAGUUAACCCAUAGACGACAACAGAGGCAGCGCAACUUCAGACAUUAUCAGUUCACUGAUUGGCCAGAAGAGGAGGAAACCCCAAAAUCUCCCAAUUCACUCCUUCGUCUAAUCCUUGCGGUUGAGAAAGAUAAAGAGGAUGAGAAACAAUCGCCAAUACUAGUCCAAUGCAUUGACGGCCUUGGACGUACUGGGGUUUUCUGUACCCUUAAGAACUCGCUGGACAGGCUGCGAAUGGAGAGCAAUGUAGACAUCAUGCAGACAAUCAAGGUCUUAAGACUUAAUCGUCCAAACAUGGUCGCAACACUGGCACUGUAUCGGUUCUGCUAUGAGGCCAUGGGAGCAUACAUAGACGAUCCUGACAAGUUUGCCGAGGAGGACAAAGGACCUGAGGCAAUCUAUGAGAACAUGCCUGGGGAUCAGGCUGCUGAAACCAUGUCCAAAGAAGAGAACAUUUACCAGAAUCUCGGCAGCAGCGACGCAUAAGGAGGUGC